ACAGCAGAGCCAAAAAAAGUGACAUCGUAGCCGGAUCAACAAACGGGGGAGAGGCAGACAGGCAGCCUGUAUCCUGGCGUGUUGUUUCAUUAUUCGGGAUAAUAAUGCAGUCUUCCAAGAGGAGCGAAAGUGACUGGCAGGGGCUCGUGAGCGAGUUCCUGGUGUGUAAACGGAAGCUGGAGAGUAAGAAAGAGGCUCUGCUCAUUCUGUCCAAGGAGCUGGAUACCUGCCAGCAGGAGAGAGACCAGUAUCAGCUGAUGGCCAACCAGCUGAGGGAGCGGCACCAGGGGCUGAAGAAGAAGUACAGGGAACUCAUAGAUGGUGACCCCUCUUUGCCACCAGAAAAACGCAAUCAAGUGAACCUGGCUCAGCUGUUGAGAGACUCGAGGGAACGAGCAAAACAGCUCGCUGAGGAGGUGAAGGAGCUGACUCAGAGACUUACGGAGGCCCAGGGGGAUAACAAGCUCCUGAGGAUGACCAUCACUCGACAGAGGCUGGGGGAUGAGGAGGUGGGGGCACGCCAUUUCCCCCCCCAUGAACGUGAGGAUCUAGUUCACCAGCUAGAGAGAGCAGGGCUGCAGAUGGAGGAGAUGGAGCACAACAUGAAGGCUGUGACAGACGAGCUGCAGGACGUGAAGGCGGAGCGCAGCGUGUUCAGGGAGAAGACCUACAGACUCAACGUGGAGCUCAACCACGUCCUGGGCAACCGUGAGGCCCGGAUCAUUGAUGUUGAUGCCCUCUGCAUGGAGAACAAGUAUUUGCAUGAGCGGUUCAGCCAAGUGCAAGAGGAGGUGAACCUGCUGAAAUCCAACAUCAUGAAGUACAAGACGGCUCUUGAGAGGAGGAAAAACUCGAGCACGUUUGGGAAAGCACACAGCAGUCCGCUCACUGGAGUCCUCUCCGCCAAACAAGUCCAGGAGAUGCUGCUGGAAGAGCAGGGCUGCAGCCUGCCGGCCACGCCUCAGUCCAUCUCUGACCUCAAGUCCCUGGCCACGGCUCUGCUGGAGACCAUCCAUGAGAAGAACCUGGUCAUCCAGCACCAGAGGCACACCAACAGGAUCCUUGGAAACAGAGUAGCAGAUUUGGAAAGGAAGCUGAAGACGUUGGAGGUUUCAGGGCUGUGGAGUCUUCCAGGCUUGACCUACCGCGUAUCUGUGGGAAUUGGGAGGACGCGAGACAACAUCGCACUGAAUGAAAAUCUUCAACCGGAGCUUCAUCCGACCCGUGCCACAGCUCAGCCACACAUGCAGCCUCCCAAAGUUGCGUCACAUGACCUCGGCACAGAUGGCGUCAGCGGGGAAGAUGCACCUGCACUGCUCGAGAACCUGGAGCCUCUCCUGGGGGUGGAGACGAAUGGGAUUGACAGCAGAGGAGGAGAAAUCUUGAUGGAAGAUGGAGCCGCCUUCGACCUGGAGGAGGGGCGGAGUCCAGUGGAAGAGGCGGGGCAUGAGGUGGAGGGAGUUGAGGAUGAAGAGCUGGGUUCCACGGUGGAGGAAGGAGAGGAGGCGGCUCUGGCGCUGGGUGUCGCCUCCACUGAUUCAGACCUCGCAUGGCUUCCAAUGCAACAAGCCUCUAUGGAUCAUUCAGAGGUGGGUCAUCAUCAGCUCCGGCAAUCCCAGGACGACGCGUCCAAUGAACACAUAGAAGCCUCAGUUCCAGAGAGCCAGUCUACAGGGGAGUGGGACAUUGUGGAUCUGCGCAGUGACGCCUGUCACAGGGACAACAUGGCAUGAUCUGACCUCAAAGACUUCAAUCCUCGUCUUUCUCAUUGAUAACUGACUCUUGGCUAAGCCCCUCCCCCCUCGACUACUGUUGCUAGGCCUGUCAUAAUUAAAGGUGUUUUUAAGUAUUCCUGGAAUAAUAGUUCUGAAAUAUCAGAGCGAUGUAGACAGAAAUCAGUACAAUAUGCAUUUGAGAGCUAAAUACACAAUAUCAUUUGUGAAUAAGAGGUUCGUAAAUUAUAUAAUAUAAAACUAAAUUAUCCCACUUUUCCAUUAGUUUAAAAACACGGUUCCUGCGGAUACUUAGUCUUAAAAAGCAUUGAAUUCACUUAUCUAAAAAUAAGACCUUGAUUUGUAUUAAAUUGUCUUAAAUCUUUCUAAAGACGUAAAAAUGCUGAGUCAUGGAAGUAGGAUUUAAUGAAUUGUAUUUUUUUCAGAUAUUGCUAUUUAAAAUCUCUUUCUAUUAUCAUUUUUGUUAAGAGUUUACACAACUUUUGUUUGUUGUUUGCAGAUAAAAUGUUUUAUUUUACAGAAAACAUUUAGACAAAAUUGUCCCUCAUCCUGAGUAAUUCAUUUUUUUCUUUAAUUUUAGUUUAAAGUUUGUCUUAAAUUUAAUUCCAAGUGGCGUUAAAAACGUUUUAACAAAUCUUUCCUUUCUCUUGCCUUAAGCUGCAGAAACACUGAAAGGACGUCGCUCGCACAUAUAGGCUCGACCCAUACACUGGAUUUAAUAAAUGAAUAACCAUUAAUAUGAAACUGUCUUUGUUUACUAACGUGUUAAUGUUAUCGGAGUCUUAUCUUGGAGCAAACAAAGGAGUUGAUCUUCGAUGCAUUCAGCUGUAGUGUUGUCUUCCUCUCAGGAUUAAUCUAAACUUUGAGGAAAUCCCCGCUGUCGGACUUGCAGGGUCCAUCAGGCCAGUUACGGUUGCUAACGUAUGAUUGGACAGAGGCUGUAUUUGGGAGGGGCUUAGAAAAGGUUAAAUUACAUUAAUCAUCCCCAGGUGCAUCCACACAACAUGGCCAGCGCUCAUUAGCUCCCUGUUCCACCAAGCAGCUCUGUUCGUCAAUAAAACGAAGAGAAAACACUUUUUCAGCCUCCGCCGACGGAGCCGGAGGUGCACUUCGUAUCCAGACAGGAACAGACAAUCUUAAAAUCAAUGGAGUUGCCAACUUUAUGCCCUGCAGGAAGAAUUUAGCUAGGAAAAUAACAAACAUGGCAGCCUCCACUCUCCUGUGCGCCACACUCCCUUCUCUCUUUCCCCCUGCGAUUAGAUAAUCCCAAUUGUUUGCUUUCUUCUUCUUCCUAAGGGAUGCCAGCAAACUGAGCACUGCGUUUUCUUCUCACCAAAACGUGUAAUGGAUGUGUUUUGUACAUAUAUGUGAAUGAAUAAUAUUAAUAAUAUAAAUUCUAUUGAUGUCUAUUCAUCUGUAUGGAUGGAUCUUACUAAUCAGUGAGUUUUUAAUGUUUCCUUAUUUAUAAUCAUGUUGAUAUUUGGAUGGAACUACACGUGCCUUAUAUGUGGAAAUAUUUACUGAUAUUUAUUAAUAUAAAUGCAUAAA